AUGGCAGGCAACCACAACGACGGCAACCCUGCCCGUGUGUGGCUCCGCGACGAUGCCUGCAUGCGAACCAUUGACAGACUCUGCAAUCUCGGCGUCGCCGACCUUAUUCCACUACCGCAAGUUGUCGUGGUAGGUGACCCGUCUUCGGGUAAGAGUUCUGUUCUCGAGUGUAUGACGGGUUUGGCCUUCCCCCGCGGUCCUGAGCUCUGCACCCGUUACGCGACCCAUAUUACUUGUCGCCGCGAUGCCUACGAGAGCGUCCAGAUCUCUAUUAUUCCGAGCCAGGAUUCCACCGAGGAUCGAAUGGAGCGACUGAAGAAGUUUGGAUUCUCUGUCAAGAAGAACGACCUGGCGUUGGCGGAUGCCUUUAUGAAGGCGAACGAAGCCAUGGAACUUCGCGGUAUCAACGAUGGGGAUGCUUCAAAGCUACCGAUCUUUGCUGAAGACAUUCUCAAGAUUGAGAUCAACAGCCCGGACCAAUAUCACUUGACCAUCAUUGAUGUCCCGGGUAUUUUCCGCACGCCUACAAAGGGCCUGACCACCAACAAUGACAUUGCUAUCGUCAGAAACAUAGUCAACAGAUACAUCAAAGAUCAGCGUACCAUCAUUCUGGCAGUCAUCCCUUGCAAUGUCGACGCAUCAACCCAGGAGGCUCUCACUCUUGCCAAAGAAGUCGACCCAGAGGGGCUUCGAACUAUAGGUGUUCUCACCAAGCCCGACCUUGCCACCGAGCGCGUCACUCAGCAAAUCGUAUGCGAACUUAUUGAGGGCAAACGCCAUCCCCUCCGCCUCGGAUACUGUGUGGUGAAGAAUCAGAGUGACGACGAAGGAGCCUCAACGAAGACAGAUCGAAACUCAUCGGAGAAGGAGUUCUUUUCUGCUCGUCCGUGGAGCAGGAUCAAAUCGACAUUUCGGGUUGGUGUUAGCGGCCUCGGUAUCCGUUUGCGAGACUUGCUUGGCGACCUUUUCAAGAAGGAUCAUAAGAACAUCGAGGCCAAUAUACAUCGUAGACUCAAUAACACUGAGACUUUGCUCAGUCGCCUAGGUCCUUUACGAUCUCGAGCAGAUGCUCAGCGACGAUACCUUGCCAAUAUUGCAUCAGGUUUCCAAGAGGUUUGUAUUCGAGCUCGGGACGGAAAUUACAGCGGAAUGGGCAUGUUCCAAUACGACGAGGAGGUCGGUCCUGUUCCUGGAUUCAAAGUGCCUAUGGACGAGCAGUCGACUCGUUGUCUCGGCGAUAUCCUGAAGCAUAUGGAUUUCAAAUGCCCCAAGCCAGUAGAAGGCUUACUUUUGGGCCGUAUUGAAUUUCUCUUUCAUCGAUCUCGCACUGCCGAGAUUGGCUCGUUUCCAGGCUCAUUGCUAGCACAGACCUUCAAGGAGCAGACCCAGAGGUGGGCGCCCCUGGUUUUGAAGCAUGUUAGUCAGGUUAUCGUGGUCAUUCACAAGUUCAUUCGCAUAACACUGCAACGCAAAUGUGAAGGCGACAGCAACACUUUUGAGAUGUUGCAUGACCAUCUUCUGUUGCCGAAGCUCCGUGCAGCUUACCAGCGAGCUUUGGAUCAUGCUCAGUUCCUCCUUGAAGUCGAGCUUAGUGGACAGCCCUACACCAUGAACCACUACUUUGACAGCAAUCUUCAAGUUUCACAGGCCACCAGACUUCAGCAAGCGAUCAACAAGGCCAUUGGCCCGGAGAGCGCCCGUAACGUCGAUGGCGCUACUGCACGCAACCCGAGCACGAACGCAAGUCCUGCUUCCGGGGAAAACACGCUGGGGGCGAACAACAACAACGGAAGCCCCUUCGAUUUUGCGUCUCAGCAAGAAGACGGGUCUUCCGGAGCUGCAGGCUGGUGGGUGCCAAAGUCAAUGCUCUCCAAGCUUACAACCGAUCGUUCCAACGCUGAGCAGGUCAGAGAGGAUAUCCACGACGCCCUCCGUAGCUACUACAUGGUCGCUCGGAGGCGAUUCGUUGAUGUUGUGCUGCAGCAGGUCAUAUUUCACUCCUUGCUCGAUUCCAAGACCAGCCCUCUCAAGAUUUUCACACCUGACCUGGUCAUGAGCCUGGACGACACGCAGCUCAAGAUGAUUGCCGGAGAGAACGCAGCGACGCGGGAUAGACGCGAGGUUCUCACUCAAAACAUAUUGAACUUGAAGCUCGCGCUACAGGAGCUGGCAAAUACCAAGUAA